AUGGUAUCCCAAUGGCGUGGCGGCCUUGCGCUGAACGAACAGCAAGUCUUGCAUGAUAUCACACUCACCGCUGAAGCGGCAGCACCAUGUAUUCCGUUCACAGCAUCAUUAAGAUUUCUAUCUAUAGUUGAAGUCGAUCGCAUACCUCUAUACCUCAGCGUCGGCAAGCCAUAUGAUGUCGUAACCUCCCAAGAGGAGACGGCGCGCUGGUUCUCGACCAUUUUGCUUGGGAAUGAUGAGCCGCGCAAUACGCCAUGGUGGCAGAAUGCAAGAACAGAGUCGCCACUCGGAGUCCUGGCUGCUGUUGAUCAGCCAGAGGUUAUGGCAAAGCCCGGGUCAGCUAAAGCUUCGACACCGCGAGUAACAGAAGUGCUCUUCUUCGCAGCCGCUCAACCAUUGUCAGGCACCGGACGCCCUCUCACCCCUCCACACUCUUCCCCAGCAGAUGCCGAAGACUCACAGGAGAUUCAACCCCAGCUCCGAGUUCAUGCUCUACCUAUAUGCUCGGAUUUUUACCUCCAUGAGCCAACGCCACCCCCUUCGCCUGGACUUGAAGGGAAAUGCUUUGAAGCAACAUUUCUACCCUUGAAAAUACCACAUCCCAUUGAAGCAACCGAAGUCAUCAAUCGACCGCCGGUGAGAAAGCGCAAAAGCGCGAACGAGGUGUUCGAAGAAGCUACAGAGCGGCAAAAGAAGGCGAGAAGGCAAGGUGGCGGGGGAGUCUCUGCUGCCGCUGCAUCCCUUUCCAGGAUAGAAGAGCCACCCCCAAACCUCAACCAUCGCAGAUCUAUCAGCAACACUCAGUCAGCGGUGCCUCUACAAAACCGACCCCUUUCUCGAUCAUCGAGUGUCGCCUCUGUCAGGCCCGGCAGCGUACGUGAACCAUCAGUCUCGGCAAAUACCAAACGAUCUGGACUUUCACGGUUGCAGAGUGUGUCGGACGCUCCUAUGAAAUUCGAAGAGUCGCCCGUCGAGAAAAACAACAAAGAGUUCAUUUGCAAGGUUGUGAGCGCAGGCAUGCGGCUCUAUGGGAUUGUCCAGCCCAAAACGCGGAAAUCCAGAGCCAACUCAAUGGUUCCAUCUGCGGCUGAGGAACUCCCUUCCGAUGAGCUAGAGUUGGAGAAGAAGAGUGCCGAGGAGUUCAAACUGGUCUAUUCACAUGCGUAUAAAGGGACGUGCUUUGCAUUUCGAAAGUACAUCACAGAUACGCCAUUACAGGCACACACUGAAGCUCUACGUGCGACUGUGGACCGACUACUCGCUGUUUACUGCAAUGAUCCCCUCACGCUGGACAUUGAGGGUGGCGAUGAUGGCUUUACACCUGGAGGGAGGAAAGCAUUCGGGUCGUCGGCUUUGCCUGGCUCGGAGAAGAAUCCGUUCUUGCACACUGCUGUCGGUAAUGCCAGCAAAACAAACACGCCGUGCAUAAGGAAAGUCUCAUGA